UAACAAAAUAAAACAGAAAUUGGUUGAACUGUUCUAACAGUACGACUUCUAUCUUCAGCGAUUCCGGCGACGACACCUGCACCAACAGCUAUGGCUCCUAAUGAUCAGACAUCAGAAGUUACUCAGCCUGCCUUGGUUUCCAACGCCGAUGACCGACGCAUUUCCACCUUACUCAUAACAAUCGCUAUGCAAGCUGAAGCUAUGCCUAUUGUUAAAAGGCUUGACCUGAAGAAGGACGACGGUUCCUUGUUCCCGGAGGGAGUGUCUUGGGUUCGUUAUCAUGGAACUUACAAAAACCUGAACGUGAAUGUCAUUUGGCCUGGGAAGGACGCAAACUUAGGAGUUGACAGUGUCGGUACAAUUUCUGCAUCUCUUGUGACUUUUGCUUCCAUACGAGCAUUGAAGCCAGACCUUAUUAUAAAUGCUGGCACUGCUGGUGGUUUCAAGGUUAAAGGUGCUAAUGUAGGUGAUGUUUAUCUUCCAUCUGAUGUCGCUUUCCAUGAUAGGAGAAUACCUAUUCCUGUUUUUGACCUGUAUGGAGUUGGUUCAAGGAAGACAUUCUCAACGCCAGAACUCCUGAAGGCACUUAACCUAAAGAUUGGCAAGUUGUCCACGGGUGACUCAUUGGAUAUGUCCCCAGAGGAUGAUAAAUCAAUCAUUGCUAAUGAUGCCACUCUCAAAGACAUGGAGGGAGCUGCUAUUGCUUAUGUGGCAGAUCUGCUGAAAGUACCAGCAAUUUUUGUCAAAGCCGUGACAGAUAUUGUAGAUGGUGACAAACCAACUUCAGAAGAAUUCUUGCAGAACUUAGCGGCUGUAACUGCUGCACUUGGCGAAGCCGUCACCAGAGUUGUCGAUUUUUUAAGUGGGAAGUUACUCUCCCAACUUUGAUUAUUCUUUGAUGCUAUUAUUUCAUAACAGACUAUAAUGUCUGUGCACGCACGCAUCAUUACCAAUUCUAGAACAACUCUUUUGAACAUCUCAUUUUUUAGGUAUUAAGAUUUACUAAUAAUAUAUUCUUUCCCCUCUGGGAAGACUAGACUCA